GCAAGUGUACUUCCCCAAACUUUGGGUUAUUGGAGUUGGAUCAGUCGCUAGGACAAUGUGACUUUGGUUUUGGGGAACGUUGCGCAUCAUAAUAAAAAUAGCUGCCCUCUUCUUCUAUGCGAGGACUAUUUAUUCAAAGGAGUUUGUUUAGUAUGAGUUGCAGAGAGGCAGAGAUGGACUGGCGGUGGAUAGUUUUCACACUGUUUUUGAACUUCCAGUUCACGUACGGGUCUCCCUCCUCUUAUGACUUGUUCCAAGGGUCUGCAUACACUGGAGUGGUGCACAGACACAGAAAUAGGAACUGGUGUGCUUAUGUGGUGCGCAGGAACGUGAGCUGCGCCGUGCAGGGGAGUGUGGAGAGCUUCCAGGAGCCCGUGAUGGCCCCCUGCCCGGCCUACCAGCCUGACUGCCAGCAACAAGUGACAUUCCAUAAUCGGUUUCGACCUACAUACAAGAUUGCCUUCAAGACUGUCACUGAGUUGGAGUGGAGAUGCUGUCCUGGUUACCAAGGUCCAAACUGUAAGGAUUUAAAACCACCCCCAGAACCACAACUAGUUCAAGGAACACAGCCUUACCUCCCACCAAAUCCUGGAUACACAACUAGACACACACAGAGACCGGAGCGGAGAGAGACUAGGCACCAUGAGACCAGGCUUGGUGGGACCGAUAAGGUGCAUCUGCUGGAAGGUGAAGUUCAGCGCCUGUCUCAGACAGUCUUGGAUCUUCAGUCAGCUUUGACAGGGUUAACUGCCAACCUCAAAACGGACCUGCAGGACGACACAAAGAAGAUGCUGGUGACACUUCUGAACAACAUGCGUCCACCUGAUAAUUCUUCUUCGUCAGGCACAGAGGAGAGCCCGGCUGUGCUGGAUGGUCAUCAGGCUACUAGAGGUGGAAUUGGUGGCGACAAGGCCAUAGAAAAAAUAGUGGCCAGACUGGAUGAUAUCAAUGAUGCACUGAAGAGCAAAGAUGAAGCUUUGGAAGACCUCAGAGGAACUAUGACCAGCCACGAGGGACAGAUUCGUGUCCUGAUGGAUGCCUCUCAAUCUCAAACAACAGCUAUAGGGGAUGUUGAUAUUGUACAGAACUACAUUGAUGGGAAGUUUGAAAAGCUGAAGAAGGAGCUUGACCUGAACAUUGAAGAACAGCUGGCUAAGCUACAAAGCUCAUAUAAUGACAAGAUCCUGGCCUUACAGAAAACCUGUGAAGGCAGCUGUGACCAAGGUUUGGUCAGACUUACCAAACUGGUGGAUUCAAAGGAGGCUGAUCUGAGAAAAGAGAUCCGAGCACUACAUUUGGACAUGGCUGCAGCAGAUGGACCAAUAAGAACCCAAAGGCAGACCGAUCCAACCAAAGUGGAAGAGGAGCGUGGUAAUGACCAUAGUGACCUGUGGCGAGAGAUUGACCGAAUUGCAGAAGCUCACCGGAUCCUGAACGUCCGCAUUGACAAUGAGCUGGCGCACCUGUCUGCCCCUCAGGACAACGAUGAUUUUGGCCCGAUGAUUGAAGAGCUUGAGGCCCGCCUUAAUAUCACAGAGCAAAAUGCAGAAAUCCACUGUUUCUAUAUUGAAGACAAGCUGACACGUUUGAUUGCUGACGAAGUGGCAGCACUACGACUGCUUCUUGAUGAGCGUCUGAACAGCAUGGAGGACCAGUUUACGAACAUGCUGGUGGAAAUAAGCAACAACUCCUUCCCAGGCAUGUUUAGUGAAUCCAUGGAUGCCAUUCAGACACAAGUCAACAACAAUAAGUUCGUCCUGACAGGUUUGGAUGACAAGGUCAAUGCUGUGGCCGAGUUGUGCUCUACUGGAUGUUCAGGCUCAGGAUUUUCUUUAGAUUCAGAAAGUCCAUCACCUGCACCCAACAGUUUAUUACACAUUUUGAAGGAUCUGAGUCGGUAUAGGAAUAACUUGGAUGUUCUUCACACAAAUGUCAGUGCCAACAAAAACAAGCUGAGGCAAAUGGAAGACCUUUUUGGAAGGCAGUCAGUCGCAAAUGACAGAAGUGCCAAGAUGAUGGAUGACUUCCAGAAGGGAUUGAUUAAUCUCCAAGACAAAGUGCUUGGACUGGCUGGUGUUGUUACUGGUUUAGGUGACUCUGUAAGCAAAUACAACCAGGAUAUGCAGAAAAUUAACUCAACUUGCUGCCAUGCAGAACAAAGAGGCCCUGGAAGUCCAGCACAAAAAAACUGGUCAUCAGUCAUAGCUGUACCCAGUAUCCAGACGGAUGACACCACGCGUCAGGUUGAUGAGCUAAGGAACAGGCUUGAUACGCUCACUAGACAGGUGUUUUCUGAACUUAGACAAUGUAAACAGAACACACAGGGUGUUUCUGAUGACAUUUUCGCUGUGGACGGACGUGUGACCAGACUUGAAAAGGUGUGUGGAAAGCUAGAUGGGGUUUCUGACAAUAUCAAAGAGCUGAAAGAUAGGCUGGAAAGACAAGUUGUUGGUCUGAAGGACUGUGUGAACAGGAUGAAUACUACCUGUGGUACAGACAUCAUCACACUGCAGAAUUCCAUGCAGAAGCUCCAGGGACAGCUGUCUGCGAUGGCCAAACAUGUUUUGAAAGAUGUCACCGCCAAAGAGCCAGGAAUGACCUUAAGACCAGAGAGGCCUGCGUCUUUGCCAGAUCCAACUCAGACCAGACCCAGAAUCCAAGAAAUUCACAUCCCUCUAAUCAUCCCUCCACCGACACAGUCCAGACAGCCGCACAGACCGGGCCAACGAGUGCAGACCAACACGCACACGAUCAGGACCAGUCAGCCAGGCCAGCCGUCCAGCCCCCAGCAGCCAGGCCACCCCACCCUCCCUCUGGUUCCUGUCAGGCCAGUGGUGGAGACAGGCGAGGCCGGACCUCCAGGGUACAUGCGCAGGGUGACUGUGCGCAGAGGGUCUGAGGACUCGUUGAGCAUGCCGGUCAAAGGAUUUGCUGGCGCACCAGGCUAUCCUCCCCUACAGGCUGCGUCUUUCAAGCCUCAAUCAACGGGCCGCCAAGGUCCCGUAGCAGCAAAGGUGCCAUGGAACCCCAUUUAUCAAGCUUCGGUUGAAUCACCAGUUUCAGUCGACAACAGCGCCUUUCCAGAUCCCUUCUCCUUUUGUGCUGGCCUCACGCAGCAGUCGUUCUCCGGAGAGUUCGGCAUUAUUCGCUUCAACAGAGUUCUAGUCAACGACGGUGGACACUACAAUCCCCACACAGGGAUCUUCACUGUACCUCUAGAUGGCCGAUACAUGAUCUCAGGACUGCUGACAGCAAAGCAGGGCAACCAAGUGCAAGCGGUCCUGUCCGUGUCUAACCGCAGCGUCCAGAGGCUGCAGAGUGCGGCGGUGCCAGUGGCCGGUCAACACGGGCGCUCAGCUGCUGGUAACUGCGGGGGCUCUGUGUCCUUCAGUCUGAUCCUGCCCCUGAGGAAAGGAGACCACGUGAGCCUGGUGAGGACCAGAGGUCAGCUGGACACCAGCGAGGCCAGGGAGAUCCUCUCCACCUUCAGUGCCAUCUUCCUGUAUACACCACAGGCCAAAAGAUAGCUGGAGCUCAGCCGCGCACCAGAAGAGAAAGGACUAGUUUGAUCGCAAAAGAAGGACAGGAGGGAAAUAUCACUGGUCACUGCAGUAAUGCAGCUAAUUCACCACGCAGGGCCACCGUGUUCUGAAUUCAACUUAAAGUCAUUAUAGUGCAAUUUUUAAGCCAUGUCCUAAAUUAACCUGAAUACAAGAAGCAGAACUUGUUUCUAAUAUAUUUGAUUUCCAGUUGCCUUUUUGUACCUAUUGUGAAUGUCUUGUAUAUACAAGUGUUUAUAAAUUAACAUUAAAAUUCAUAAAGUGUGAUGUUGACUUGAA